AUGGCGGGCCGCCGUCUGGUGAUGCUGCUGCUGGCAGCCGCGUUCCUGGCCGCCGGCGCAGCAGGCAGCAAGCCCUCGGCGAAGUUCGAGCUCAUCCACCGGGAGCAGCCGUCCUGGGACGAGGUGGCGCGCAUGGACCAGGAGCGCACGGCGUUCAUCUGCUCGCACGCGCGUCGCCGCGCGACGGAGGCGGCGGCCAGGGGCGGCAAGCCCAGGGCGAAGGCGAAGGCCGCGCCGGCGGACGAGGCCUUCGCCAUGCCGCUCUCGUCGGGCGCCUACACGGGGACCGGCCAGUACUUCGUGCGCUUCCGCGUGGGCACGCCCGCGCGGCCCUUCCUGCUCGUGGCCGACACCGGCAGCGACCUUACCUGGGUCAAGUGCCAUCGUCACGACGCGCCCGCGCACGCGCCAGCCCCGGGUUACGGGUACGGCGCCCCAGCGUCGAACGACUCCUCCUCCUCCUCGCUCUCGGCGGCGGCGGCGGCGGCGGCGGCGUCCUCCCACGAGCGCGUGUUCCGGCCGGACAGGUCCCGGACGUGGGCGGCCAUCCCGUGCUCCUCCGACACCUGCACGGCGUCGCUGCCCUUCUCGCUCGCUGCCUGCCCCACCCCCGGCAGCCCCUGCGCCUACGACUACCGGUACAAGGACGGGUCGGCGGCGCGCGGCACGGUGGGCACUGACUCGGCGACCAUCGCGCUGUCGGGGCGCGCCGCCAGCAAGAAGCAGCAGCGGCAAGCCAAGCUGCGGGGCGUCGUGCUGGGCUGCACCACGUCCUACACCGGCGAGAGCUUCCUCGCCGCCGACGGGGUGCUCAGCCUCGGCUACAGCAACAUCUCCUUCGCGUCCCGCGCCGCGGCGCGCUUCGGCGGCCGCUUCUCCUACUGCCUCGUCGACCACCUAGCCCCGCGGAACGCCACCAGCUACCUCACCUUCGGGCCCAACCCAGCCGUGUCGUCCUCGCCACCCUCCAAGACGGACUGCGGCGGGGGCUCGCCGGCGGCGGCGGCGGCGGCGCCCGGGCCCAGCGGCGCGCGGCAGACGCCGCUGCUGCUCGAUCACCGGAUGCGCCCGUUCUACGCGGUCACCGUCAACGGCAUCUCCGUCGACGGGGAGCUCCUCAAGAUCCCGCGCCUCGUCUGGGACGUCGAGAAGGGCGGCGGCGCCAUCCUCGACUCCGGGACGAGCCUGACGGUGCUCGUGAGCCCGGCGUACCGCGCCGUGGUGGCGGCGCUGAGCAAGAAGCUGGCCGGGCUGCCCAGGGUGACCAUGGACCCGUUCGACUACUGCUACAACUGGACGUCGCCGUCCACGGGCGAGGAGCUCGCCGUGUUCGUGCCGGAGCUGACCGUGCACUUCGCGGGGUCGGCGCGGCUGCAGCCGCCGGCGAAGAGCUACGUCAUUGACGCGGCGCCCGGCGUCAAGUGCAUCGGCCUGCAGGAGGGCGACUGGCCCGGGGUAUCCGUCAUCGGCAACAUCCUGCAGCAGGAGCACCUCUGGGAGUUCGAUCUCAAGAACCGACGGCUAAGAUUCAAGCGGUCACGGUGCACGCAAUGA